CUUUGUAGACCAUGUCAUAGUGCUAUGCAUUAUGUCGCUAGUAAUGACGAACUCGCUCAAGGCUUCUACACAGUCGACCUCCUCUUGUCUCGGGAGGACAUGCUAAAGUGGAGGAAAUAUGCCUCAAAGCAACGAUGGGGAGUCAAAAGAGGAUGA